CAUCCUUCCCUUGUCGAGUCAUCCUCCUUCAAAUAUCACAACAAUGGAACAGUUUAUUUCCCCAGAGCUGCUCACGAGCAGCAAUCCAAAGCAGUCGCAGCAGGGCCAGCAACAUCAGCAGCAGCAAUUGCCGCAGACGUCAACCAACCUGGACUUCUUCUCGUUCACAACCUCUUCUGACAUUCUUGCCCCGCAUCCGGAUCUCUUCGAGUCUGAACUAGACUCGUCGCUUGCGGGAUUCGACCCUCUGCAGUUGCAGUCGCUCAUCGUCGACCAGCCAGACGCCUUCAAUUUCCUACGCUCUGAUACUCCCACGUGCGGCCCGCCCUCGACGAUCACCGUCAGCUCGGAGUCUGCCUCUGCGUAUGAAACCCUGUCUUCGUACUCAGAGUCGCUGUACAACCAAGCCCCGUCGAACUACUCGUUCCCCUUUGACCUUGACAUGGAUUUCGCACGUGCAUCCAUCAACGCCCAGAGCGAUUAUGCUUCGGCUCGAAACACCGCCUCCGGCUUGGGUGCUGAGACUUUGUCCGAUUAUUCUUAUGAAGCCUCGAGGCACUCGCCCGCAAGCAGUGGUUCAGGCAACAUUUCGCUGGAGGAAUACAAUCCGCGCUCGCCUGCGAAUCGCGGCAGCGGUUCCGUCUACUCGGGUUAUGACACGCGGUCCGAUUACUAUCCAGUCGCCUCACAUCACCCAUCGUUGCCUUACAGUUCGGCUAUCUCACCGUCCUCGAUUAACCAGGCGUCUCAGGUGCAACCGCCUCAAGCACGUGCUCCAAGUCCGGUUGGCGCGGGACUUGCUAUGUCGUUGCUUCCUCGCAUUUCACGACAUGACAACCGCCCUGUUCCUCGGCUGCACCCUGUGUCGCAGAUGCCAGCGCAUAUCAGCGGCGCGCAUCAUCACCCGAACGAGUCGAUUGAGGACCCACGCAAGAAAUAUCAAUGCAACCAGUGCCCGCGAGCCUUCGCAAGGGCUUACAACCUCAAGACGCACAUGGCAACGCAUGAUCCGCUUCGUCCUAAACCGUUCACCUGCAACCAUGCAGGAUGCGGUCGUUCUUUCUCGCGCAAGCACGACUUGGGUCGUCACUUGGUUUCCAUUCAUCGCGAUGAGAGUGCCACAGGUGGAUCCAUGUAUGAUGGUGGCAGCGACAGUGGAAGUUCUGGCGAACAGCGCAUUGGUGUAGCCAGUAUGAAAGAGGGUCUCCACAGAUGCGAUGCAUGUGGCAAGAGUGGCCCGAAGAAGUGCGCAUGCAAGCACGACGGCAAGUAAGCAAAGUGUUUGAAUGACGAGUCUCUUUGAAUACACUUGCUUGUCUCCCCUUUCGUUCGUCGUAGUAUUGAGCGACAAUGACCGACGCGUCGUAACUCAAUCUAUGUCGUUAAUCUAUUCCGAGUUUCCGUCUUCGUGCUACGUAUCGUACCGCUCAGACACCAGGCUGGGCCCAGCGACGAACGUAGUCGGACGGGCUUGACGAAGACGUGCGUUUAUCGUCGUCUCAUAGUAGUCCUACCGUAACUUGUCGAAUGUGUGAAUCUCUUACGGUUUGUUUCCCGCUACCCUUAGUGAACAACGUCCUCCCUUUCAGUUUUAACCAUCAAUAUUGCUUUUCAUCUCAACUAAUUCUGAUGUAUAACUCCGUUCUUUAUAUUUACCUUUCCUCUCAUCCUCAUCCUAUCGUAUAACGUCUCUCCUUGGUUAGAUAUCCUAUUUCUAUCCCAGUCUCUUUCCCUUUCAAUUGAGCGUUCCGUGGAACUUGUCAGAGUAUGUUCUAUUCCUUGAUCUACCUGAAUAUAUAUUGUGCUUUGUCG